AUGCUGCGCGUCCUGAUCGCUUCAAGAGACCGAAAGGCAGUUACCGUUAAGGAAAACCUUAAUGCGUUAAACUUUCAUUCCCAUCUCUUCUUCCUAGACAACCGCGAGUCAAUCUCCCAUGGAAGACCUUCUACCUGGCAUGACACCGCCUCAGAGCUCUCUGUGAUACACCUUGAAGGCGAACGGACACAUCACCUCAUGGAGAACGACGAGCAACUGCAUACACAUUUCAUCAAUAUGACGAGCAACGACAUGACAAUGCGAAACUUGCCCCAGAUAGGGUGCCCUUAUUGUUUUCCCAACUGUUACUCAAUCUUCGAACCCGGAAGAACCGCCGCAGCAGCACACGGGCUUCAGUUUCUAACUGAAGAGCAAACUCAUCACAACAAGCCGCAGGAGAUAAUGCACUUCAUCAAAGUUGAGGAUGGUUGUCAGUUCGAGAUCCUUGAUGCCCACCCACACGUCCCACAGACAUCAUUCGCCGAUGAUAAUCUUUAUUCCAGCGAUGCUGCUUCUGAUAUAAACCACCAGGCCGAUGAUAUGAAUGAUUAUUUUGCGGUCAGCGAGCCCGUCCCACCCCUUAUGGCGGAGGGGGAAACACCACUCGGGGCACCCAUAACCAUCCUCGAUGAAUGCAUAUCUCAGAACAGUGUGCCUCUUCUUGAACGGGACUGGACAAGCGUGGAAGAAGUAGCACUAUCUGAGUCCCAAAGGUCGUCACUUGAGAUUCCAGCACCAGCUGCAGAUAGCAUUCUUGAUGCAGCUAGCACAUCGCUUCCUUUGCUAGCUGCACAGGUUCAUCAAUUAUCGCACUCAGCCAGUGAAGACACUAGUUCUGGUCUAUCCAUAUGGGACGCAGGGAACUUGUCGAAUGAGGCGCAAUUUUACGGAGAAAUCAACAGCGCACUGGCUCAGCUUGCGGCAGCGAACAUUCAUCUGGAUCCGUCCACAUUUGAGAGUGACGGUUCAAGCGCUGCCCAGUCCCUACUCCUCCCAGGGGCCUCCCAAAAGGCUGAUUGCCCGGCCAUGCUUUCGAUCGGAAGUGGAUGCGCAGCCAACCAAAGGUGUAAUGAAUCCUUUCCUAUCACCAAUUCCUACCAGCACCAUGAGAGCCGGUAUAGACUUAAUGAGCCUUGGCCGCUACCGAGUUCCAGUGACAUAAGCCAUGUUGACCAAGGGAAACUACUUGGCAGGCCACUUACGUGCCUACGUGACAAGAGAAACGCAUUCUUAAUCGACUGUAAGCUCCGUGGGUUGUCAUAUAAAGAUAUCAAAAGGAUUGGCGGUUUCAAGGAGGCCGAGUCGACUCUGCGUGGCAGAUUCCGCACGUUGACAAAAUCUAAAGAGCAACGCGUGAGGAAGCCACAAUGGCAUCAAAACGACGUAAGUCACCUAUCCCGGUUACUUUUCUCAUCCCCCUAG